AUUUUCCCCACCCCGCCACCGCGCAGCUGUAAUCGCGCAGGAGGAGGAGGUUUACUUGUGAACGGCGGAAGGAGUACAGCGGGGAACAUGGCGGCGUUGAGGCAGGUUUACAACAUGAUGUUCAAGCGAACGUCCGCCUUCGCCCUCACCAUCGUGGUGGGUGCUGUCUUCUUCGAAAGGGUAUUCGACCAAGCGGGAGACGCUCUGUUUGAACACCUCAAUCAAGGGAAACUUUGGAAACACAUCAAGCACAAUUAUGAAAAGAAAGAGGAAGAAUAAUUAGAAGUCAGUACUGCACGGUGUUCUCCAACUGGCUUGUUGCUACUAUUGAAUGGCCCAACACUACUAUGCCAUCCACCAGGACCAUUAACUUCCAGAUUGACUUGAAAUAGUCUGAGGAAAAUGGAUUGAUGCUGUAAUGCAACAAGUGCUGGGCCCAUUUGUUGAAAUUAUUACUAAAACAUGUAUCUAAUGAAUUCAACAAUUUAUCUGCCAUUAAUCAUUUUUCCAUCCUGAUCACAAUAAAUACUUUAACAAGAA